AUGGAAGGGGCCACAACACAGGAUCGGAAAAAGCUGCAGAGUCGUAAACUCAUCAUGGGCACCAGCCCCCUGCAGCUUCGAGGACGUCUUCAAAAGUCACACAAGCCACGGCGCUUGAGGGAUUUUGAACAGAGCAUCAUGAGCACUUCUCUGCCCCAGGCCGCUGAUAAGCCUGUUCCAAAUGGAAGCUCUGAAAUAUUCAUCAGCACAGAGAGCAUGGGGCUCCCGCCUCACGAAGUGCCUGGGGUGAACAUUCAAGUGGUGGCUCUGAGGAAAGAAGAACAGAAAGGCGGGGUGCCUCCUAUCUCUGUAACCAAAGGCCACCCCUUUAACAACACCACGCUGGACAGUGGGCAGGCCUUGCACUGGGAAUGUCGAGUCAAUGAGAGACCACGGCCCAUCUAUCGAUGGCUGAAGAACGGCGAGAACUUCCUCUCACAGGGUUCUUUUGAAGACCCUGACCUGGAGUUACAUGCUGACUUCGGUUCUUUGCGGGAAUGGGACCACUCUCAGGGUUUCACGACUGGCUGCUAUUCGAUAUGCCAAGAGAAUAGCUCGCCUUCAAAGUUCCAGGAUCUCAUGGCUCUGGAGGCAGGUGAACCAAAGGUCGGCGUCCCGGCAGGAAAUCGGUGUGUUGUGGGAGACAGAAGAUCGCCGGCUGUGUGCCCAGAGAGCCGAGAUCUUUGGGCACAGAGCUCAGAAAAAGUGACACAACAGACUUUUUAACAUUGUAAUCAAUGAGUUGUUACGUCUCCCCUCUCACUGUGAAACAGAGACACCUCUUUCUCCCUUAUUAGGGAGACAGAGAGAGAGAGAGCGAGCCUGUGGUAUGUCCAAUACUGGGUGAAUGAGUAGUCUUUGGGGUACUGCAAGUCCG